UUUUUUAGUUUUUCUUUUCUUUUAAUUUAUCUUUUUAUCUUUCUUUUAUAAUUUUAAGUUUCCGGAGAUCUUAUCUUCAUUUAGAGAGCGCAAACAGCCUUUUGGCUAUGCGCUAACUCUACAAAAAAAACGCACUCUUCAUCCCUGUGCCUUUGCGCUAGGUUUCUGCCAUUGUAACAUUUAAAAUGUAAUUUUGUAACAUCAAAUGUUUGAUAGAUUACACAGCCAGUGAAGAAGCAUUUCUGCCGUUUGGCUUCGGAGGCUUGUUAUCAACGCUAAGAGGAUGGCAGACGCAUGAGAGGGUUUGAUAUGUAGAGUUUGAAUAAAUUACUAUUAUUAUUAUAAAAAUUUUUAGUACUUCAUCACAGCUAAAUAAGACUGAAGUAAACACAAAGUUCUGUUAUAUUUCUCGUAGGCAAUUGCUCACAUUGUAGUUUUAACAAAUCAAUUUUACCUCAAAUCAUAUAGUCAAAAUUUAACGAAUUUAGUGUUAAAAUCUUCCAAAAAGAACAAAUAUUUAAAUGGAAUUCAUUAUUCAUCAAAUAUUGGAACAAAAAUCCAUCAUUUAAAUCAAUUUAUUUUUAGUGUCCAAAUUUACCCUCAAAGUGUCCAAAUUUAGAAACUGUCCAAAAUUAUGAGCACUUUCCCUAUCUGAAUCUCUCAAAUUCGAACGACGACGGAUGAAUUCAAAGUGUCAAAUGUGAGGAUAUGUUUAUAAAUUCGUGUUAUGUGGAUGAUUGAGUCUCAUAUUUUUCUGCAGCUUCCUGAAUAUUUAACCACAAAGCUUAUAAAAUUAAAAGCGAAUACGUCACCAUGAAAAUUUGUGAAAAAUAUACGGGCAUUUCAUUCAAAGUAGAAAUUAAUUUCACAUAAAUUUCGUUGCUUUUGAAAAUAUCUUUCAAAUUUGGAAGGCUCUACAGUAGACAUUGAAAAUCACGGAUUCGAGCAUUCCGCAAAGCUGGGACGCUUGGUCACUACUUUAAAUAUAAAUUCUGAUUUGAUUAAUUUUAAAACAGUUUCACAUUGCCUUAUUCCAGUAUUUCUUUUUAUUUGCUUAUUAACGAAAAUAAAGUAAAUGAAGUACCAUCUGAAAUUCUUGUGCACUGCCCGUAUCGUGUCAUUCAUUAGGGGAGACUGGGGCAAAAAGUAACAAAUCGAAAAAUUCAAUAUCUUUCAAGAUAAAAGAAGAUAGCGACUUAAAAUUUUUCUAUAGAUAGCCUCCAUAGACCUUCUUCAAUGUCGUAAGUUUUUUUUAGAAUUUCAACAAGGAAUUUAGAAAAUAAAAAUUAUUGAAAUUUUUAGCCCUAUUUUUGAAAUAUUUUGCUUACAGAAGAUAUCAAUUAUUACCUACUUAUUUUCCAAAAUUGAUGCACUAGUGAAUAUUUUCUAAAUAAUAUGGAUUCUUUGAAUACGAAUCCUCUAUUUAUUAGAAUUUCACAAAGGUUCUUCUCUUCAGAAAGUCUUUUAUUAAAAAUUGCCAUUUGGGGUAAAAAGUAACAAAAGGUACAGAGCAAAAAGUAACAAAAAGCGAAGCAAUUUCUGAUGUCUGAAACGUCAUCACCAUGUCUCGCCGCUUGCUGUUUCCAUUGGUCAAACGAUUUACAGUCUUUUCUGUGUUUUAUUCUAAAAUAGCUUGAAAAGCGCUUUUCUCGUUCAGAUAGAGAAAACGGUGUUUUACAAAGGUGUAGAUGUAUAAAUUUUCUAUGAAAAUGUGUCCUCUAUGUAUUUUUUUUUUCAAAUUUACGAAAGCCCGUAAUGGAUCGAAUCAAAAUAUGGUAAUACUCCAUGUCUGGUACUAUUUGCCCCAGCAUUUUUGAGAAUGGUCACAAAAUUACCUUUAAGAAAACGACUUGAUAUAAACGUAUUUCCAUACAAAAUAGAGGAAAAUUACUUUCACAAAGUUGUAGAGCGGUAAAUUUCCUAUAAAACUGCACUAAUUAGAAAUUUCUGAAGCGCUCGAGUAGCUUGUAAAAAAAGAAAAUAUCCGUUUUGUGACUUUUUGCCCCAGUCUCCCUUACAACUCAAUUUACAGCAAUAUCUUCAUUUUUUUUUCCUUUGUAAAAAUCAAUUCCAAAGAGAGAUUUGAACAAAUAUAUUCGCAUACAUCUUGGCGCAUUGGAAAUUUGAAAUUGAUAAAUGUUGAAAGUAGGCACUUUGAAUGAUCAGCAUAAAAAUUAAUUUGUGGCUUCGCAUACUUUCCCUUUGGACUCUUUCUCCGGAUAUUGCUGACCUAACACAGUAUAACCUCAAUAGGGAUUGUUCACCCCAUCAAGAAUUCAGCUGCAUGAAUGUGAAAAAAAAGCUGGACAUCUGGACAAAGGGAUUCCCCGGGAAGGAAAUUCAAUGGCAUAAAAGGGGAAAUGAGAAUUUUCAGUUGGUAUUUUGAUCUCUGUUAUUUUCACAAGUCAGAAAAAACUAUAUACAACAUUUAUACUUUAUUUUUGGGUAUGAAAGAGGGGACUAAAGUUUAUUCGUUGUAUAGAGUGGGGCUCUGUCUCUCUUCCACUCUUUUGUCGUCUGCGUUAUCAGCCGGCGCAGAGUGAAAUUCAUCGAGGGAACUUUCAUUUGAGUGUACACAGGAAAGUGAAUCGGGUGUCUUCGUAAAAUUGUGCCGUAUUCUGACGUUGAUAUCAAUACUCUCAGAGACACCAAAUAUAAAAAAAAAUCUACUUCUUUUUUUUCCACUGCCAUUCGCAUACAUACAAAUUGAUAUGCUAUAUAUAUAGAUAUUACAUAAUAAUUCUCUCUUAUCACUGUCCCAAAGUGAAUAAUUCUCUACGUGUAAUUGUGUGUGCUAUAUAUAUUAUCUGCUGCCCCAUCAAUACUCCGUUGAGGUUCGACAACACCCAACACAAAGUGGACUUCUCACUCUAUUCUUUCCAAUUAAACCAAGAAAAUAUAUAUAACUUUAGACCACGUUUUGCCCUAACAGUUGAGAAUAAAAUAUAGACUAGCGAGGAAAAGAUGGCGAUAUUUGAUUAUUUUGGUGGAUUGUGCAUCGUUAUUGUUAUCGUACAAUUACUACGUAUCGUCUUGCCCUGGAUUUAUGAAAACUUCCUUGGACCAUGUGUAUUUGGAUGUCGAGUUAAAUUGAGUGCAAUGGGUGAAUGGGCGGUUGUGACUGGUGCGACUGAAGGUAUAGGAAAAGCAUACGCCAAUGAGCUAGCCAAGAAGGGACUAAAAAUUGUCCUGAUCAGUCGAUCCCUGCCCAAAUUGGAAACGGUCGCCAAGGAAAUUGAGUCUAAGCAUAAAGUGGAAACAAAAGUGAUCGAUGUGGACUUUACGGGAGGACCUGAGAUUUACACAAAAAUCGAGAAACAGAUCCUUGGACUGGAAAUUGGGAUACUGGUGAAUAAUGUUGGAAUGAGCUAUAGCUACCCGGAAUACUUCCUUGCCAUCCCAGAUCGUGAGAAAUUCAUUGGUAAUCUUGUCACAUGCAAUGUUCUCUCAAUCACCGGAAUGUGCAGAAUGGUGAUGCCGGGAAUGGUCGAAAGGAAACGCGGGGUUAUCAUUAAUGUAGCAUCAAUAGCUGCUAGAAUUCCCAAUCCCCUGCUAACAGUCUACGCAGCCACUAAGGCUUUUGUGGACAAGAUGUCUGAGGACUUGCAGACAGAGUACAGGAAGGAUAAGAUUGUGGUACAGUCAGUGAUGCCGGGAUUUGUGGCUACAAACAUGUCCAAAAUCAAAAAACCCACCUGGAUAGCCCCGUCAGCUGAGACGUAUGUCCAGAGUGCCAUCAGGAGACUGGGAAUUGCUGGCCACACCACCGGAUACUACCCACAUGCCCUCAUGAAGCUAAUCAUUGACACAAUGGCUCUCUUUGCUCCCGUUACCACUCAGCGUCUCAUCCUCUCCCAACUGACCAAUAUUCGCAAGCGUGCCCUCCGCAGGAGCACCAACAAGGUGACAUAAUCCCCUUUAUUCUCUACGCCACCCCAAAAAUCCUUCAGGCUUCUUCCUAAGCCUCUUGCCAUUAAUUCCGGGGAAUAACUUAUUUUUCUUGGGUUCAGGGAUAUUUAAAAAAAAAUCUGGUGGAUUUCAGCACUUACCCCCCACGCUUAAACUCUAACGAACUAAUUAUUAUUUGGCUGUAAUACCUCUUUUGGAUCAACCAAAGAUAACUGAUAAAAGAAUGUUGUAACAGAUUUCGUGGGAAAGUCCCCCAGAGAGAGGAUGGAUUUUUGUGAAAUAAAAGUUGUAAAAUGGAA